AUGCCAGUCUCCCUCGCCCUCCUCGGUUCAGGUCUCUUCGCUUCCAUAGCUUAUCUCCCAGCCAUUUUCGGUAAUUCCAAAGAUGUAAUCCUCCAUACAGUCUGGUCACGUUCUCAAUCAUCUGCCGAAUCUUUACUCGAAAAAUGUAAAGAACUCGGUAUUUCUCCACUACCAACCAUCCAAUUCGGUGAUACCGGUUUAAACAUCUUACUCAAAGAUAAAUCUAUCGAUGGGGUGAUGUUAGUUUUACCUAUCACCGCUCAACCACCUUUGGUUAUCAAAUGUUUAGAAGCUGGUAAACAUGUUUUAUGUGAAAAACCUUUACAUAAAGAUGUUAAACAUGCUAAAGAAUUGGUAGAAGAAUAUGAAAAAAGGUUUAAACCAAAAGGAUUGAUUUUCCGUACUGCCGAAAAUUGGGCGCAUGAACCAGUACUUCAUUGGGCAGCAUCUAAACUUCGUGAACCAUCUUUAGGUCCUGUACUUUAUUGGCAACUCGGUCUUUCAAACGUUGUUAAACCAGGUUCUCAUUGGCACGCAACUUCUUGGCGUACUAUACCAGAUUAUCAAGGUGGUUUCAUUCUUGAUGGUGGUGUACAUCAAGGUGCAUUACUUCGUAUCGUUUUACCAAUCCCACCUUCAACAAUAUUAUCACAUGCUACUCUUCAUAGAGCUCAUUUACCACCUCAUGACACUUUCGUAGCUAUCGCAGCACCACCAAUUUCUUCUCAUACUCCUGCUCAUGGAUACGAAAAAGUUUCAUCCGAUUUGAAUAAAGAUUUACCUCAUAAAGUCGAAGAUAUACCUGCGGAAAUCGGUACUAGUGCACCUUUCGGUACAAUCUUGAUGACUUGGGCGCAACCCGAUUUACCGGAUUCAGCUCCGGCAGGUAUGAACGCUUUGGAAAUCGUUUGUCUUCAUGGUGUCGUCAGUAUUUCUUGGCCUGAUAAAAAUAUGAAAGCUGUGAUUACUGCUGCGAAUGGAAGUGGAGUUGUGAAUGAAGAAAAAGAAGAAAAACAAAGUGGUGUUAAAGUUGAGAUUGGAAUGUAUGCAAGAGCUAUAGAAGCUGUUAAAGAGGGUAAAGAAUUGGAAGAACCUAAUUGGGCUGAUCCUAGGGAUUGUCUUUGGGAUUUAGCUUGGGUAGAAGCUUGUUUACAAAGUGGUGGGAAAAGUGUUAAUAUCGAGGGAUUGAUCAAGGGUUAA